AUGGACAACAACGUGGACAACGCAAUGGUCCAUAAAGUGGACAACGACAUGGACACUUACGUGGACAACGACAUGGGCAAUAACAUGGUAAACAACGUGGACAACAACUUGGACAACGACAUGAACAAUAACGUAGACAACAACAUGGGUAACGACAUGGACCACAACGUGGACAACGACAUGGGUAACGACAUGGACAACAACGUGAGCAACGACAUGGACAACGACAUGGGCAACAACGUGGACAACAACGUGAACAACGACAUGGACAACGACAUGGGCAAUAACAUGGUAAACAACGUGGACAACAACUUGGACAACGACAUGAACAGUAACGUGGACAACAACAUGUAA